AUGGGUGGCCUUGACACUGACACCAGGGAGAGGAACUUACCACCAAAUGGGAGAGGAACUUUAACUCAGGGACACAUUAGGGAGAGGAACUUACUCAGAGCCACAAGGGAGGGGAACUUAGUCAGGGCCACAAGGGAGAGGAACUUACUCAGGGCCACAAGGGAGAGGAACUUACUCAGGGCCACAAGGGAGAGGAACUUACUCAGGGCCACAAUGGAGAGGAACUUACUUACUCAGGGCCACAAGGGAGAGGAACUUACUCAGGGCCACAAGGGAGAGGAACUUACUCAGGGCCACAAUGGAGAGGAACUUAGUCAGGGCCACAAUGGAGAGGAACUUAGUCAGGGCCACAAGGGAGAGGAACUUAGUCAGGGCCACAAGGGAGAGGAACUUACUCAGGGCCACAAUGGAGAGGAACUUAGUCAGGGCCACAAGGGAGGGGAACUUAGUCAGGGCCACAAGGGAGAGGAACUUACUCAGGGCCACAAGGGAGAGGAACUUACUCAGGGCCACAAGGGAGAGGAACUUAGUCAGGGCCACAAGGGAGGGGAACUUAGUCAGGUCCACAAGGGAGAGGAACUUACUCAGGGCCACAAAAUGUCAAAAUCAAAGAUGGCUACUGUUGUGUAA